AUGGAGGAGGAUUCAUCAGGAGACAUGAUGAUGGAGGAAAGAGAGGAGCUGAUGGUUCCAUUUCCGGCAACAGAUGGAGAACCAACUCUUAGUAUAGCCCAUUUUCUGAAGCCAACUCUUGCUUCAACCGAAACCCAUUAUACUGGUUUUCCCCUUUUGUCAAAGAUGAGCAACCCUGAAUCUGUAGCAAGGCCAUCAGACGUCAUCUACCAUGGAUGGAGACCUCCACAAGAGGGCUGGGAAGAAUGGGUCAACCGGUUAAGACCAUUGUAUGGAGAUACUUGGAAGAAAGUUGGAAUCUUUGAUGCAAUCAUGGCUUCCACUAUCAACAUUAAAGGACGCAAGGUCCUUCACAAGGAGUUCAUGAUGAAGCUAGCUGAGAAAUGGUGUCCUGAGACUAACACAUUCAUGUUCUCUUGGGGUGAAGCCACCAUUACACUGGAAGAUUUAAUGGUUUUGGGUGGUUUCCCUGUUUUAGGUCAGCUUGUUAUCGACCCGGUUGAAACUGAAGAAAUGCUUGCCCUGGAGGAAAAACUGAGAAAAGCCCAUCUAGGUAUUAAGCGGAAAACAGGUCAAAUUGCCAGAGAAAAAUCUUGGCUUGAAACUUUCAGGGGAGGUGGAGAUGAGAAAUCAGAGCAUGAAGCAUUUCUUAUCCUGUGGUUGUCAAGGUAUGUGUUUCCCGGAAGUUAUGAUAAAAUAGCAAAAGAUUUGUUCCUGAUUGCCAUAAACCUUUCUAGAGGGAAACCUAUAGCUUUUGGUCCUGCUGUUCUUGCUAGCAUUUAUAGAGAUUUGGGUGUGUUGAAAGAAUUCUUACUGGCUUCAAGCAAUCUUGAAAGUGGUAGAUUUGCUAGUGAGACCACAAAAAUUGGCUUGUGUUCUCCGCUUGGAUUGGUUCAGGCUUGGGUUUGGGAGAGGUUUCCUUUGUUGAGUCCUAAGCCUAAUCCCAUUCAACUAGAACAACCAAGAUUAGCUAGGUGGCAUGAGAAACAAAUGGAUGAGUUUGCAGAUGAUAUUGGGAAAGCCUUGGAUUCGGCUGGGAAAUAUUUCGAAUGGCGCCCAUAUGCUCCAAAAUUGACCAACUGGAAUCCUAGUAAGUUAUACAAGGAAAAUGAUCAGUGCAUAAGUGUCGGUCCUGAUAUGGAUUCCGAAGUAGAGGUUUUGGUUCGAUGUUGCAGAACUUCAGAGCUAGUUGGAUUUGACUGUAUGGAACAGUAUCUUCCACAUAGGGUUGGGAUGCAAUUUGGAUUUGACCAAGAUAUUCCUGGAUUUGUCAAGCGAUUGAAUGAUCGUACAGCCGAGUUUGCCUGGAACCACUACAACAGGCCUAUUAGAGAUGCCAAGCUAUACAUUCCAGCCAGAUUGUUUGAAUCAGGGGUAACAGAGAGGUUCAGGAAACAAUGGAGGGAUCAUCAGUUAAAAUGGAGUAACAAAAAGGGUGCUAGAAAUGAUGCCCUGCAUCAUGGUGUCAAGCAGCAAGCUUAUGAUGUUCAAAGUCCAGCUAGUAAAAAACUGCUCCCUCUUCAAAAGGAUGAUGUGAUUGUUGAAAAAAGGUCUGGUGUAAAAAGGGUAUCAUCUUCAGUGAAGAAAGAAGUUCCGGAUCCUGUUGAUAAAACAUGGAUACCACUUCGAAAGCACGAUAGAGUAACAGCUGAAAAACAGUCAGGGGCUAAAAUGUUAUCAUCGCCUUCAGUGGCAAAGGGUGAUCCCUAUUGCUUUAAGUCAGAUGAUGAGAAUAAUGUGGGAAGUUUACCAGGGAAAAAGAUGCCGGUGAGCCCUGAGGUAGCGAAAACCAACACAAAUGGCGGUUCUCGGCAGCAACUCAGUGGAAAGAAUGACAAAAGAUUGAAAGUUAGACUGGCCAUGUUAAGAAAGGAAAUGAAGAAAAGGAAUAUCCGGCUUAGAAAUCUUGAGAAAAUAGUAGCUCAAUUGUGGAAAAAUUCUAGUUUGCUGCUUUUGUUUGUCUCGGAAAUCCCUUUGAUCUUAUAUUGCCGUGUUGGUGGUGACAAAGAAUGGAGACAAUUCAAUUAUGCAAAAACCAUUGAAGCUCAAGCUGGGAAGCCUAAUGGACAAGGAUAUUAUUAUCUCUGUAGUCCUGUUAUUUUCAGAUGGCAGCAGAAGUUUCCUGGUGUCUUUGGAGACUCAAGAACUUCUUCUAAUCUUGAUGCUCCCGGGUUGUUUCGAUAA